UUCAGGUUGGCUUUUCAGACCCAGAAGUAAGCACAGAAACAGAAACAAAGCCGGCUUUAGCUGUGUAGGUUUGUGCUGGGCAAAGCCACUGAGGCCUCAAAUUACCAGAGUACUAAAUUUGUUUUUUCCAGGUAGUGAAUGCAGGCGCGCUCCCGUGAAUGACAGCGAGAGAGGGGCGUGCAAGCUCGUGUGCGCGCGCGCGUGAGCGAGAGAGGGAAACUGAGAGUUUGAGUCACAUCACUGGCUCUAUCAAAACUCGCCAAGUGUUUGCCCUCGACUAUCAUUGAAGCUUUUUGAAGGUUUGUUUGCCUGGAAUACAAAGGGAACAUUGUUUAUUUAAUUUUUUUCUUCUCCAGGGUUUAAUACCUCACCUCAGCUCUCUCUGGCACAUUUUUGCGUCGCGAUGUCUUAUUUAUUUUCCUGCACUUGCUGAGUGACAGAGAAGCGACACAGUAUCUACGUCUGACUGCAAAAGAAACAUGGCUCACCUCACCUCCAAAUCCCAAUGUUUUCAUCUUCUGCUCUUCAUCGCUCUAUGCGUCUUUCCUGGAUCACUGGCCCAGACUUCGAUCCCCAGGGGCUGUGGAGAUAAUGUGGACUCCUUGUAUUUCAACCUCUGUGACCUGACAGCAGUCUGGGGUGUUGUAGUUGAGGCAUUUGCAGCUGCUGGUUUGGUGGCAACCCUGAUUCUUCUGAUCGUGCUGCUAGCCAGCCUUCCCUUCGUCACUGACAGGAAGUGGCGCAGUUCGUUGGGGCUUCAUGCAGUCUUCCUCAUCUUCACAUUUGGACUGUUCGCCCUCACAUUCGCCUUCAUCGUUGGAAGAAACUUCGCUACCUGCACAUCACGUCGCUUUCUUUUCGGUGUGCUGUUCGCCGGCUGCUUCUCUUGCCUUCUCAUGCAAGCCAUCAGGUUGAACAUACUGGCCAGGAGAAACUCGGCGCCCAGAGGAUGGGUUUGGUGCUUGGGGGCUCUGGGACUCUGGCUGGUAGAAGUUGUCAUCAACACUGAAUGGCUAAUCAUUACUAUUGUACGAUACCCAACUAACAUCACUGGAAUUCUGGCAUCUGCUUAUCCUUUUCCCUGUAAUAUCGAAAACCAGGAUUUUGUCAUGGCACUCAUUUAUGUUCUAAAUCUACUAUUGACAGUCGUGGUGGCAUCCGUACCCAUAUUGGCAGGUAAACACAAGCGUUGGCGCAAAGAUGGAGCCUUCAUCCUGGUCACAGGACUGAUUUCGGUGGGCAUCUGGGUGGCGUGGAUUGUCAUGUAUGUGUACGGGAACACAAAGCACGGUGGGCCGACAUGGGACGAUCCCACAUUGGCUAUAGUAUUGGUGUCAAACGCUUGGGUAUUUCUGCUGCUCCACACGGUGCCGGCGGUGUGUAGCCUGAGUGAGGAAGAUGAAGAUGAAGCUGUUGAGGAAAAUCUGUACCCCAGCAGAGGUUACGAGAACAUUCUGAAGGAGCAAAGUGCACAGAGCAUAUAUGUGGAGAAUAAAGCCUUCUCUAUGGACGAGCCCAAUGCAGGUAAUAAGCCUGUGUCCCCAUACAGCGGCUAUAACGGCCAACACCGAAGUUGUGUUUACCAACCGACAGAACUAGCCAUCAUCACCAAAGGAGUGGUCAAUCAACAGAUGGAAUCGUAUGACAAUAUAAUUCCACGAGCAUCCACAGGCACUCCUCCCAGAGCCCAGAGCGGCCACACCAGCCCCUCCGCACAGCUUGAUGAUAUGAGACAAAUAUAUACAAAUGUGUGAGAGGGUGGAAGAAGGAUUCAGAUCUAAUAAACUAAACUGGACAUUUCAACAGAAGACCCCAGUGAUCAGCUCACACCAACUUGUUUUUUUCUGGUGUUUCUAAAUUAAGAUUUGCGAUUUUUGUUUUUCUUUCCAUCGCUUUGGUCUACUGCAUAGACCAACUUCUGUGAACUCAGACUAACUGAGCAACAGUUAGUUGGUUUGCUCCACUAAAAGCCAAUGUGUGGGGUUAUCUCAACUGCUGAAGACAUUGAGACAUUGUACAGUAUGGCUUGGUUGUGCAUGGGACACAUUAAAAAGAUUAGUUGUACCAUUGACUGUAUAGACUACUGCAAUGCUACCAGCUGUGUUUACUAAGAAACACAGACCAGCAAAGGACUGUAAAAUAAACAUGUGCUUGUUUUCUGUCACUCUGUAUAAGGAGUUCUGAAAUGCUGCUUCUACCACUUUAAACGUAGGUGUAGCGACACCAUACAUAUGCCUAAGCUUCAAAUUACAUAUAUAAAAUGUGCAAUCACAAAUGUUUUGGUGCAGCAAAACAAGACUGGUUAUUUCGUCAUUUUCCCAACUUUGCAUUUAUUGUACGUGUAAAGUAGAAUUAAACUCAAUCUGAACAGAAAACCUUUUCAAACCAGA